CAGUUAAAAUACAACAUAUAAACAAUAAUAUUUAAUUAAAAACGAAAACUUAAACAAUACUAACAGAUAAUAGAAGAAGAAGAAAACAUUAAAGGUGAUUUAACAAUAUUUUUGCAGAAUAAAAUUUUGCCACCUAUUUUCGGGACGCCAUGUAUGCGCGAAUAUUGCGCAAAUGGAGUCUAAACACGAAACUAAUGUCUUUACUGUGGUUCGCUGUCACAAUGUUGCUAAUAAUUAUAUACGCUCCAACAGCAACAGUAGCAGCAACAUCAAUAAGCAUGCCAAUGCGUGUAACUGCAUACGCACACACAGAUUUGCACAAUUUUCAACUCCAAACAAAACAAUCAACAACAGAUACACUACCAAUAGCAGCAGUAACAACAACAACAACAAUAACACCGACAACAACAACAAGAAAAACAACAAUAAAUACUACAAAAAGAAUUAUAGCAACAUACAGCGAACAGCGUAUGCCAUCUGUACCAAUACAAACGGCAAAUGCAACAAACAACAAAUCAAUGGCACCAUUUUUAGCAGCAAAUUUAGGAAAUGUUGGCACCAUCGUAGAAAGUUACAAACAAACAAUAGCAGUAGAUAGCAGUAGUCAGAAUAGUGGGAGUAGUAGCAACAAUAAAAAUGUUGCCGGCGACAUUUAUGCAAAUAGACUUAUUAAUAAACUAAGCAGCAGCAGCAGCAGUAGUAGCAGUAGUAGUUUUAAUUUAAAUAGUAAAAAUAAGUUUCUUAACAGCAUUAGAACUAAUAACAAUAAUAACAAUCAUCAGCAACAAUCACAGCAACACCACCAACAAUUAUCACAAUCACAACAACAAAAUCAACAAAAUUCUGAUAACAUUGCCUACUCGUAUUAUUACAAACCUCAUGUAGCACACGGAUCUGUCAUCUAUAGUAGAAAUAAUGUUCCACAAAACAUGAAUGAUAACGGCGAUAUUGAUGAAGCAUCAACACUUGAUAACGAAAAUGAUAAUGAUGAUUACGACGACAGUGAAGAAAGUGAUAAUAACAGUGAAAGCAAUGAAAGUAUGAAACAGAAAAUGAAUGUUGAAGAGGAAAUAGAUGAUGAUAUUGAUGAAACUGAGGAUCCUACACAAGAAAAUGGCAGUGCUGGAUAUGUUGCUGACCACUCAAUAACUUUGCAGGCUCAGUCUAAUUCAUAUUCCCAGCUAAAACAACAAAACAAAGUUCCAAAUUUUGAAAAUAGUCAAAUAAUUAAUUUAUUAAAUAGUUUAAAUAGUCAAAACAAUUACAAUAAUUUUAAGCCACAAAAUCAACAGACUUCAUAUCCAGCCUCGAGUAAUACGCGCAGCACCAAAACACGACGACAUACACAGGGACAUUCAAUAUUUGUACAAAACUAUCACAGUCCCGUAAGAGAAAAUGCGUCUGUGCAAAGUAAACUUAUCACUGCACUCACCCCCACACCACCAACAUUACCCAAGCCAACAGCAAUAAAUCUAAAAAAUACAACCACAAAACUCAUACCCUUUCGUUAUAUAAUUGAAUCUUACGAAAUUCCUGCAUCCUUACCAUUUACUGGCGAACUUUCAGAACAACAACGUCGCAUGUUACUGCAUCAACAGCAACUACGGCACAUCCGUAUGUUGCAGCAACAAGCCGCACGUAGUCGCCGCGAUUCACGCGCGUUUGGUGUUGUUAAAAAUUUGCCGAGCAGUGGUGGUUACCAACACUUUUAUAACGAUCAGCAACCAUUUCAGCAAUUGCAGCAACAACCAAUAACACGACAACAUCACAAUAAUAAUAAUAACAACAAUGACAAUAGCAAUAGCAAUAGCAACAGUCGUAGUGGCAGCAAUAAUUUUAAUCUACUCCAUAAACAUCACACGCACCAGCAACAGCAUCAGCAACAUUAUCGUCAAAGACAGCGAAAGCAGCACGCGCGACGAUAUUGCUCAGCGCGAGAUCCUGCACAGUUGGCGUUCGAAGCGCCCACAGUUUUUGAGGGCAAAAUUAUUUCAAUGACAUCCGACAGGCGUGCCAAUUUCUCAGCUACUGUAGAGGUGAAGCAAAUCUUCAAGCAACAAAUAGGUUGUAUAAUGCAACAAUUCCUGAGGUUACAGUUUGCCUAUCGCAACAGCAGCGGAGAAUGCGAUAUUUAUCGCGAACAGCUACGGGCGCGUGGCCUGGUGCGCGGCGAUGAAUUAGAACAGGGACGCAUCUACUUGAUGUUUGUGCAACAAAUCGAUUCAAGCAACUUUACUAUUCUUGGGCAACCUAUACGUAAGACACGUCGUGUUGUGGAAGCGGUCAAAAAUGCUGUGAGCGAAAAUUAUGCACAGCUCGCAUCGAUAAGAUCGAUCACAGCUAGCAAUAGUACAGUGGAGAACGGAAAAGCAUUGCGUAUCGUCUGCAAAGUUUCUGGCCGGCCACCACCGAAAGUGACUUGGUUCAAAGAUCACAAGUCGAUAAAUCGUUAUCGAAACUUAUAUCAAUUUGUUCACUACAAAAAACGUUCCGAGCUGAUAAUACGAUCGUUCAAUAGUUCAGAUGCUGGGCGCUACGAGUGUCGCGCUAAAAACAAAGUCAAUCGAAAUCUAGAACGACGUGCCAUCAUGAUUAAAGCAUAUCCAGUCGCUCGUUAUGAUAGCCCAGCUUUAGACGGCACUGGUAACAACUGUCCUGAUGAGGCCUCAGAGUUUUGUUUUAAUGGUGGAACGUGUAAAUUCUUCUCUGAUAUUGGUUCCUAUUCCUGCAUAUGUCCUGUAGGCUUCAUUGGUGAACGAUGCGACCGAAAGGAAGUCAACAACAUGCCACCCAGUAUGUACAGUCAUGAGCAAGAAUGUGGCGAGAAAAAGUAUUUCGGAAGUUAUUAUUGCUAAAAUAGGCUUGUCUAUAGCAUCGAUUGUUUUGUUAUAUAGUAUCUAAAAACAGUGCAAAAUCCAAUUACAAAAUAUUAAAACAAAACAAAAAAAAUUAAACCAAAAAUGAAAUAACAAGAAAAGAACUCAAGCAAUACGAAAGAAAUAGAAAUGAACGGAAAAAGUCAAGAAGUCAGUAUAAAAUACCGAACGUAAAGCCAAAAAUAGUUUUUAACAAUUAACAAAGCGAAAAAAC